GUAAUUAAGGAGUAAAUCGAAAUUGUUUAGUGGGAUUUCGGGGUUCUGCGAGAUUAUUUAGGGCAAUAGCUUAUUUUUCAUCUGGCAACACUGGCAUAUAAUAACAAAACAAACACGCGGAAAUUGAAAUAAACAAUGGAAUUAACUAAAAAAUCCAAGAAAUCAAAGAACGCCAAGAAAUCGAAGUCGCCAAGAAGUGUUAAGGAAUCGGCCGUUUCGAUAAAAUUGACGGCCCUGCACCGCAAGCAAAAGGAAGUUGCCCGCGUGCUCACUUUAAAACAGGAGAUAUUAUUAAAAUCUGGAGUUUCCUACCUGGAAUAUCUGGAGAUUCGUGCAGAAAUCGAAAGACUCAAUGGUUUAAAGGAGACAUUUUUGCGCCGUGUGGACAAAUUGAAACAACAAGACAAGUAGUUAAUAACUCAAUUUGAUUUAAGAAAACAAUAGAAAUAUAAUGAAAUUCAUAGUCUGAACAAUAA